GCAAACAAGAACUCAGUGCGCAGCUGCUCAGCCAACAUGGUUUGAUGCUUGGAUAGUGGAUUCAUCAGCAUCCGGCAAAAACUAAAGUAGAGGAGCAGGAAUACUUUUCUUAUCACACAUUAGUGCUCAGCGUGUGGUUUACUCUCAGACGGGUGGGUGCCCAGAGUUCCUUGGAGGCUGGCAGGUCAGGAACGAGCAAACACAAACCGAGUUCAUCCAAAGAAUUAACAAUUUACUGUCUCUGUGAGGAGUUUGACAGUCUGAACGCAUGAAUAGAUUUGGAGCAUGGUUCUUUUUCAUCCAACAGAGGAGUGACAGUGUCUUUGCCAGGCUUACUGGGAGAGGACCAUGGCCCUGAGCGAUGCAAGUGGUGACCCUCUAGCCCUCAGCAACGGAGGGCACCAUCCUCUCAGUGCCAACGGAAACACCAGCUCACCAGUUAGCAACGGCCAGGACCCUCUCAGAGCCGCUUCUAGUGGUGACUGCUUCACAGCAGAUGGAGAUGAAGAUGUGACAGUGAAGGAUGAGGCGUCCAAAGUUCAGCAGAGAUCGCAUGUGCUCCUGAGAACAAACAGACCAAGCCAAAAUGGCGGCAUUGUCAAACAGAAUGGCUCCCUGAGGAACCUUCCCCCAUCCUCCCCUGCCUCUUCCUCCCCGGCUGUCAUAGACUCCCAGAGGCUGGCCAAACGCCACCUUUCCUCUACUCUUUCCCCGUCCUCGUCCUCCCCUUCUCUCCAGCCCCCGCCACUCUGCUGUCCGCACUGUCACUUCCACUCCACCCUGUGCUGUCCCUGUGGACAGCAGGAGUGUCCGCUCUUCCAGAAUCCAGGCACAGGGCCUGGCUCCAUUCCCCACCCUGGGACCACUUCAUCCUGCCCGUGCUGCCUCUCUGCCUGCACAUACUCUCACCCUCAUCCCCAUCCUCCUCACCCAUCCUCCCCUCUCUGUCUCCAACACCACCAUCACCAGCGCUGGCAGGAGCACCUCCAGAACCAGACACCUGGGAUCAGCCCUGCAAGGCCCUUUCGAUUCCCCAAAAGCUAUGCCGAGCUGAUAGCUGACUGGCCAGUGGUGGUGCUGGGGGUGUGCACAGUGCUCAUCGUGGUGUGUGCCCUUGUGGGCAUCCUGGUGCCUGACCUGCCGGAUUUCUCUGACCCACUGCUGGGUUUUGAGCCACGAGGAACAGCCAUUGGGCAGCGACUGGUGACCUGGAACAACAUGGUGAAGAACACGGGCUACAAAGCUACACUGGCCAACUACCCCUUUAAAUACGCUGAUGAGCAGGCCAAAAAUCACCAGGAGCCCCGGUGGCCCGAGGACCACUUUGACAGAGACAAACGGCAAGCAGAGUGGGACUUCAGUAAAGAGUUCUUCUGUGAUGUGCCAGGUGACAGUUACUCUAGACUGGUGUUCACAUCAGCUGAGGGGAAGAGCCUGUGGAGUAUUCAGGCCAUCAAAUCCAUGUGCAAUCUGGACAACACAAGGGUCCGUUCCCAUCGUGACUACUGGAGUCUUUGUCAGCGCACCAAUGACGCCUCCUGCUGCCCCAGCUGGACACUUGGUAACUACAUUGCUGUCCUAACUAACAGGUCGUCCUGCCAGAAGAUCACAGAGCGUGAUGUAUCGCACACGCUCAAGAUCCUGCGCUCAUGUGCAAAGUACUACCACAAUGGCACACUGGGACCCGACUGCUGGGACAUGGCCUUGCGACGGAAAGACCAGCUGAAGUGCGCCAGUGUGCCCCGGAAGUGCACCAAGUACAAUGCUGUCUACCAGAUCCUUCACUUCCUGGUAGACAAGGACUUCCUCAGUCCCAAGAGCCUGGAGUUUCCUCCACCUGUGCUCAAAUACAGCAUGCUCUUCUCCCCCACAGAGAAAGGAGAGUCUAUGAUGAACAUUUACUUGGACAAUUUUGAGAACUGGAACUCUUCAGACGGCAUCACCACAGUCACAGGGAUCGAGUUUGGCAUCAAACAUGACCUCUUUCAGGACUACCUCCUCACAGACACGGUGUAUCCAGCAAUAGCCAUAGUGAUCGUCCUGCUGGUCAUGUGUGUGUACACACGCUCAGUUUUCAUCACUCUGAUGACAAUAAUAGCCAUCAUCAGCUCACUCAUUGUGUCUUACUUUCUUUACCGAAUGGUCUUCAACUUUGAGUUCUUCCCCUUCAUGAACCUCACGGCCCUCAUCAUCCUAGUCGGCAUUGGUGCGGACGAUGCCUUCGUGCUUUGUGAUGUGUGGAACUACACCAAGUUUGACAAGCCACAUGCUGAGCUGGCAGAGACGGUUGGUGUGACCUUACAGCAUGCCGCCCUGUCUAUGUUCGUCACCAGCUUCACAACUGCUGCAGCUUUUUACGCCAAUUACGUCAGCAACAUCACUGCCAUACGCUGUUUUGGUGUCUACGCGGGUACUGCCAUACUGGUAAACUAUAUUCUCAUGGUGACAUGGCUUCCAGCUGUGGUGGUGCUACACGAACGCUACCUGCCUAAUAUGUUUCCCUGCACCAAGCCUCCACACCAGCAGAGAGGUUAUUGUACCCGCAUGUUCUGGGCAGGUCUUUGUCAGAAGGCCAACAAAUGCCUGUUUACUGUGUCUGAGGCAUCCAGGAUCUUCUUUGAGAAGGUCCUGCCUUGCAUCGUCAUUAAACUGCGCUACCUCUGGCUCUUCUGGUUCCUCGCCAUCACUGUGGGCGGGGCCUAUGUGGUUUGUGUCAAUCCUAAGAUGAAGCUCCCGUCUCUGGAGCUGGCGGAGUUUCAGGUGUUCCGAUCCUCACACCCAUUUGAGCGCUACGACGCAGAGUACAAGAAACUGUUCAUGUUUGAGAGGGUUCAUCAUGGCGAGGACCUGCACAUGCCUAUCACCAUUAUCUGGGGCGUGACACCUGUGGAUAAUGGGGACCCCCUGAACCCCAAGAACAAGGGAAAACUAAUGCUGGAUAACAGCUUCAAUAUCGCCAGUCCAGCAUCUCAGCUGUGGAUCCUCAGCUUCUGCCAGAAACUGAGAAAUCAGAGCUUUGUCUUUCAGUCUGAGGAGCAGGACUUCACCAGCUGCUUCAUCGAGACAUUCAAACAGUGGAUGGAGAACCAGGACUGCGAGGAGGCUUCAGUUUACCCCUGCUGCAGCCAGUCCACCUUCCCCUACAAGCAGGAAGUCUUUGAGCUGUGCAUCAAGCGAGCCAUUAUGGAGCUGGAUCGCAGUACAAACUACCAUCUAGACAGCAAGACCCCUGGACCUCGAUUCGACAUCAAUGACACCAUCAGAGCCAUAGUGUUAGAGUUCCAGAGUACUUACCUCUUCACCCUGGCCUAUGAGAAGAUGUACCAGUUCUAUCGUGAGGUGGAUGCCUGGAUCACUGAGGAGUUACGGUACGCUCCAGCAGGCCUCAGCCACGGCUGGUUCAUCAGCAACCUGGAGUUCUACGACCUCCAGGACAGUCUGUCAGAUGGCACUCUGGUUGCCAUGGCACUGUCAGUGGCUGUAGCUUUCAGCGUUAUGUUGCUGACUACCUGGAAUGUCAUCAUCAGUCUGUACGCCAUCCUGUCAAUAGCCGGUACCAUCUUUGUCACAGUGGGCUCCCUGGUGCUGCUUGGCUGGGAGCUCAAUGUCCUUGAGUCCGUCACUAUUUCAGUUGCAGUGGGGCUCUCUGUGGACUUCGCAGUCCACUAUGGCGUGGCCUAUCGGCUCGCCCCUGAGCCUGACCGCGAGGGGAAGGUGAUUUUCUCCCUCAGCCGCAUGGGCUCUGCCAUCGCCAUGGCAGCACUAACCACCUUUGUUGCCGGGGCAAUGAUGAUGCCCUCAACUGUAUUAGCCUACACCCAGUUGGGCACAUUCAUGAUGCUGAUCAUGUGCAUCAGCUGGGCCUUUGCUACCUUCUUCUUUCAGUGCAUGUGUCGCUGCCUUGGACCCCAGGGGACCUGCGGCCAGAUACCCCUGCCCAAAAAGCUGCAGUGUCAGGUGUUUUCUGAGGUCACAGCCACGGGCCCCUCACCUCAAGGGAAAGGCUCUGGCCUGGGGAAGUAUCAGCUGGACAGCAGGGGAGGGGAGGUGGAGCAUUAUGAAUUGGAGCCUUUGGCCUCCAGUCAGAAAACUGAAGAGAAGCCCAGAGAGGGGCAGGAGGUGUGUGCUCAGCUUUACAAUGGCAUCCCCCCUCACCACCACACUGCUCCUUAUUCACACAUCCAUUACAAGAGCAAAACUGAGACAGGCAGGAGUGGCCCUGAGAAUGGCCUCGUAGCUGCACUGAGCACACCGUCCAGGUGCCAAUACUCUCAAAACACUAACUGCACAUGUGGGGACUCUUCUUCUCCUCACCACCUGUCUCAGCAGUGGAACCCCCACCCCUGUGUUCAGCCUCCCCAGGACUCUCCCUCCUGCGCUCCCACCCCUCAGCUCUUCCCACUCUCAGGAAGCCAACAAAAUGCAGCCCUGUUACCUACAAACCUGGAACCAGUCUACACACACAUGGAGUGCCGUAUGCACUACGUACACUGUCCCCCUGCCCAUUUCCACCAUUGCUCCCAAGGGAGAAUAGUGGCCCCCAGGCACGGACGUGCCCACAGCUGCCAUCUCAGGAAGUAUUGUGUCCACACAGCAAGCCUGCAGGCUGCUUCAGCCAAAGAACAGAGAUCUACAGCUCUGAGCCAGGACACCGGCCCUGCUCCCGGCUCAGAGCCUGUGGGGCAGGAGGAUGACCACAGACAUGAAACAAGGCCCUCAAGCCCUGACAGUGGCCAAGAUGUCAGCACCCCAACCCUGACACAAGCUCAGACACAAUGCCCCUCCCCCUUACUGGGCUCACCACACACAACCAGUCAGGAAAGACACAAGGGAAGGGACAGUGACCAUUGUUGUGGUGACAACCACAUGUCCACCACAACCACAGUUACAACACAGAUGGAACCUUGUUGUAAAAUCCCUGGCAACCAGGAGAAGCUGAAAAGUAUUCCCGUCAAACGGGAGGAAAGUGUCAAAAAGUGCAAGCAGAACUCAAAAAGACAGCGGGCGUCCUCUGCCUCUCCAAAGAAACUCUACUGUUUUAACAGGGCAUUGAAGGUGAAGUGCAGUUCAGCUUCAGAGUUUAACAUGCCAAAAACUGAAACCAGCGUGCCUCCUAUUGCAAUAAACACCAAUCCCUCUUCUGAAAGCUUAUGUUGAUGAUACAUUGAUAUUUUAACAAAAUUCACAACAAAUAGAAAUUCACAACAAAUAAAUGUUCAUAAAUGUUCAAAAAAAAAGGAAUGACACAUCUCUGCAAUCAAUGUUUGCGAUGUGUUUGCUGACCAAGUGCCUCAGUGUGUUUAAAUAUAUUUAAUUUAUAAAACAGCACGGACCCACGCAAUCUCAUCUGUUUACAUGUUUCUUUUUGGACUUACCAGGUCUCCAUGUGCCAUAUUCUGUGUUAGAUUUUACAGGGAACACUCACUAUUGUUAAAGCAAUAUCAUUAUGGGAAAUUCAUUUUAUUUCACAAAAACACCUCCAUGAAAUCUAACAAACAGCAGUGUUAAAUAUACUCAUACUGCAGCCAUUUGCACCAACAUGAAAUGGUAUAGUAUAUAAUGUGAUAUUGUGUGUAAUUAUCAAUAUAUGUCGUCAGAUAUGAUCACAUCAACCAUAACAAACGUGCCACAUUUUACAAGGUGAUAAAAAGUUGUUGCUUGACACUUCUUGUAUUUGUGGGAGGCAGUGGUAAAUUCAGUGUGUUCUUGUGUUCAAGUCACCACACGCUGCCUCAGAUAAAAGAUGUACUGUAUGAUUAAAGUGUCUUUUUUUUUUA